AUGAGCCUGGCCUUCCUCGCCCCGGCAGCGUCCACGCCACUGGCCCGAGCUCCGCAGGGAGUUGCCCCCGCGUCCGGAGCCGCGCCGCGCGGAUCGGCCGCGGCCGGUGCCGGGGCCGCGGCCUUUGGCGCGGCCUUUGCUGCCGCGUGCCGCGGAGAGCGCAAGGUCAGGGCCUUCCGUGUCCUCCGCUUGGCCGCAGACCAAGUACCGCCAGCCCCUGCAAGCAGCGUCAUCAUCAAGCGGGAUGCCGACGCAGUGGCGUCGGCAGUUUGCGCUGAGGUGGUCAAGGCUGCCAAAGAAGCAGUGGCCGCACGCGGCGCCUUUGCGCUGGCGAUCCCGGGGGGCUCGAUUUUGAAGAUGCUCGCCUCGGGCAGCUCCGAGCUGCAAGAUGUGGAGUGGAGCAAGGGAGUCUUGGCCUACGUGAACCACAAGUGCGUGGCGAACGACGACCCCGCAGCCACGCACCAAAAGGCCAACGAGCUGUUUCUCUCAGGUUGGUCCGGCCUGAAAGUCAUCACCAUGGGCGGCUCCGCCGACGGCGAAGCUGAAGCCCAGCGCUACGAGGCAGAGCUCCGGGCCCUGCCGGAGACCACGCUGCCGCGCUCCCAAGACGGCAUGCCCAUCUUCGACUUAUGUCUGAUUGGCGUCGGGGACGAUGGCCACUUCGGGUCCUUAUACCCUGGCCGCAAGGCGCGACACGAGAGGCCGAGAGAUGAGGUUGGAUUCGCCGCCUGGGGUCCAGUGAAUGGGGUUGGAUUCGCCGCUUCGGGUCUCCUUGCCUGA